AUGUUCUCAAGACGAGCUUUUGCACCGGCCUUCCGCGCCGCAACAAGGGCGACCCGCCUCCCCUCCGCCACAGCUCCCCGCUUCCUCACGCCUAUGCAGAUGCGCAUGCUCUCCGAUGAUAUGCGCCAGGCAAUCGACAAGGCUGUUGCGUCAGCACCCGUAGUUCUGUUCAUGAAGGGCACACCAGAAACUCCGCAAUGCGGCUUCUCGCGAGCAAGCAUACAGAUUCUGGGCAUGCAGGGGGUGGACCCGGAGAAGUUUACGGCAUUCAACGUGCUCGAGGAUAAUGAACUGAGGUCAGGCAUCAAAGAAUACUCAGAGUGGCCGACAAUACCCCAACUUUACGUCGACAAGGAGUUUGUCGGAGGAUGCGAUAUCCUUAUGACCAUGCAUCAGGAUGGCUCGUUGGCCAAGAUGCUAGAAGAGAAGGGUGUUCUGGUACCGCCGGAGAACGACGCUGAGACGCCGAAAUAG